AUGCGGCACGUCGUGACGGACAAGGUGUACGGCAGGAAGCCUCGUACCAUCAACGACCUCAAACGCUUCACCACUGACGCAUUUUUCAGGAAGUGGAUGCAAACAAAGAUCUUUAUGACAAAGGGUAAGAGUACUCUCAUCAACGCGAUGGCGAACUGGGUAUAUGGAGUGAAGUGGGAAGACGAUUUUCGUUUUAAUUUGAUCUUGGACGAACAAGGAGAAGAAAAAACAGGGAAAAACCUAGCCUACAGUCAGACAAAGUGGACCACCGCAUACGUUUUGCACAAGCAAAUUGGAUUCAGUCUUCCCUAUACCUUGACAGUCAUCGAUACUCCAGGGUUUGGAGAUACUGAGGACAUCAAGGCAGAUGAAGAAUUGAAAAAUCAGUUCAGAGAUUUCUUUUCCAAUAGCGGAGACAUUGGAGUGGAUCAGCUGGACGGAAUCUGCUUCGUUGUCCAGGCUUCUUUACGCAGGCUCACACCCACACAGACGUACAUCUUUGAUUCAAUCUUGUCCGUAUUUGGAAAUGAUGUGGAAGACAACAUUUACAUAUUGAUCACAUAUGCGGACGCAAUUGAACCUCCCGUCUUGGAAGCCAUCCAAAAAGCUGAUAUCCCCUACAAAACGUACUUCAAAUUCAAUAAUUCAGCUCUUUUCUCUGACAAAAGAUUUGAGUUUUACGAGAUGGAGUGUGACAAAAUGUUCUGGGAGAAGACUGAGAAAAGCUUCAAAAUGUUUUUCAAGAAAUUUCAAGAUGCGAAACCAGUCAGCCUGACAUUGACAAAAGAAGUCCUGAAUGAAAGGAAACGCUUGGAGACAGCUCUCCAGGGUAUCCAGCCUCAAAUUACGGCAGAUACGAGAGCAAAAGCAAAGCUUGCUGAGAUUCUCAAGAGGGAUUUUGAUCAAUUUGAAGAAUACAUGAAGGAGUUCGAACAGUAA